GGAAAGAGAGUAGUGGAGUAGUGUUUACAGCAAAACAAAAACAAAUUAUCAUUAUGUUUUAUUAUGGUCUAAACAAACUCCUAUGAUUCUCAAGUUGAAUUCGAAUAGUCAUAUAGUUUUAUGUUACCCCAAUUAGUCGAAAUUGAAAAUUGCUUCAACCGUUAUUUACAUCACCAUUUAGGCCUACUCCUACUAGGCUAGCAGAUCUGCAUUGAAGAAUACAGUCUUUCCUUGACUAAGGCAUGGCUUCAAGUAUUUCCAAAUCUUUGGUCAAAACAUUUUUCAAGUUAAAAGGCAGUAACAACGUACAUACAACUCAAACAAGGUGGUCAAGUAUUACUUGUCAAGUGGAGAAACUUGAAAGUCGUGGCUUGCUGAGAGUGAGUGGUAGUGAUGCAAUCUCGUUCCUGCAAGGUAUUGUGACUAAUGAUAUUAGGCAUUUGGAACAGCACUGUCAGAGUUUGUAUACAAUGUUUUUAAAUACAAAAGGAAGGGUAUUGUAUGACUCUAUAAUUUACAAGACUAAACAAGAAGAUACUUUUUUCUUAGAGUGUGACAAAGAAGCUAUGCUAGAUUUGGAAAAACAUUUGAAAAUGUACAAACUAAGAAAAAAAGUUGCUAUUGAUUCAGUAGAUGAUGAAUUUCAAUUAUGGGCACUUUUCAAUCCCAGCGCCGUCGUAACACCAGGCAGUGACGUAAUUAAUAUUAAACAAGAGGUUGUAGUACCUUGCUCUACUCCAUCUUACGAAAAUACAACAGUUGAUAAAUAUCUCAGCAAUAUUGCUAUUAGUAACCAAUCUCUAGUGUAUGUUGAUCCUAGGUUAUCAAAGUUAGGAACUCGUGUGAUUUCUCCUAGAAAUGAGGAUGUCGUGGAAAGGCUCAGGGUAUCUGGAAUUGAUAAGAAAAAUUCUGAUUUCACUUAUCGCAUGUUUCGAUAUAAAUUAGGAGUUGGUGAAGGCAUUUAUGAGCUACCCACUGGAAAAUGUUUUCCUUUAGAAGCCAAUUGUGACUAUCUUCAUGGAGUUAGUUUUCACAAGGGCUGUUAUAUUGGUCAAGAAUUGACAGCCAGAACGCAUCAUACAGGUGUUGUUAGGAAGCGACUAAUGCCUCUCGUGCUGAAAACUCAGGUAGAAUCAGCAGAAAUACCUCUGGAUGCUCCUAUUGAGCCUGUUACUGGAGAAAAGAAACCAGCCAUCGGUAAACUGAGAGGAUUAGAGAGAGAUUGUGCCAUUGGCUUAAUGAGAAUCACAGAAGCUUUAGAAACUAUUAAAUUUAAAAUAGGAAAUAUUGAGGGAGAGACGUUUAGACCAUUUUGGUGGCCUCAAGAACUCCCUAAAGACAGAGUAGAUCUUGGCAGUGGUAAAAGAAGUUGACAGUAGAUAGUCUACAUAAGCAUGACAACCCUGAUUUCUAGUCAAGUUGAAGAAGAAGAAGAGCUAGUUUUCAAGUGUUCUUCUUGCAGUUUAUCAGAGAACUUUGAUUACAAGGGCAAAAAACCACCAUUCUCUAAGCUUAUUAAUUUUACCU